CUCGUUUGUUAUUGUUUAUUUAUAUUGUAAAUAUCGUCGUUACCGUGUAACGCUAAUAGUACAUAAAUAUAUCCGAAGUAAAGUGAGGGCGUACUCGUAUAUGGCACUGUAAAGACCAAUAGCACUGAUGAAUCCACCAGACGUCGCCAUGCACAACAACGAGUCCCAGGCAAGGGGACCGGCAGUCCUCAAGAUGAAAGGACAGGCAAGUACAAUCGGGACAUUCAUGAACAAUGUAGUAUUCUCAUCAUUCUGGCUAUCCGCACCAUACGCCUUUGCCGAGACAGGCUGGGUAUUAGGUAUUAUAUUUCUGACGGUUACACUGACCACAUCCUGGGUCACAGGUCUGAUGUACGGGCGAUUAGUGAACGAUCGCUAUCAGGAAUUGCUCGACCACAGAAACCGCGAAUUAGAGUCGCGUCCUCCAGGUAAUAACCGUGGGGUUGCGCCCAAGGUAAAGGGUAGUCCUAAGGAGAUGGACCCAGAAACAACGCCAAAUGGUGCUGUCAACCUGUGCUCGAGCACAGAAUUCAGUAAAGCGCCCGAAGAUGGCAUAGGUACCAUGGCGACGCGCGCGUCCGAAUUCUCCACCGGAGCCGCACAGUCGCAUGAAGUCGACGAAGAGGUUACCUUGAGUGCUAUGUAUGCCGAUGCGCUGGGUGCGAGAGUGGGUCCUAUCAUCGGGGAUUUCAUAUGCAUACUGAACUUUGUACCAGCAAGUGCCGGGGAGAUGAUACUGUGUGGUCAACUCCUUGAGCUGCUAUUCCCUGACGUAAUGGAGAUUGGAUAUUGGAUCCUGAUUGUCGGGCUAUACUCGUUUUUCGCGUACAUGAUCCCGAAUUUGGAGACCUUGGAGAAGGCUUCUUGGUUAUUCGGGAUAUUUCUGAUUUCUUCUGCCGUGUUUAUGAUCACCGGUACUGUGCUGAGUAUCAAAGCUAACGACCCUGUGACGUCGUCGGAAUACGGUGGCCAGGACGCGCUUUCAAUCUUCAAUGGGCUCGGUGUCUUUGCUUUUAUUUUUGGAGGUAUGUGUUUGCGGUGUGUGUGGCUAUGUUGUAAUAUUCAGUCUUAUAUUGUGUAA